AUGAUGACGUGCCGUCUGCUGUGCGCCCUGUUGGUGCUCGCCCUGUGCUGCUGCACGUCCGUGACAACUUUGGAUGUCACGGGAAAAGGUGGUCCCAGUCCACCGCUCACGCAACCACAGGGGCAGGGUCCGGCGAUCAAUUGUUCAAUUUCAAAUACCUAUACAAACCUGGAACCGGGCACUCCCGCAGCGCAACAUCAAACAGUUAAGGCCGACAAGGGGGACGCAGUAGGUGGGCCUUCCGCUGCGCAAGAUGAAAGUGAGGGGAGGUCGUCAGGCGUAAAAAAAGAGAAUACUGGUGUUCAAGCCGCAGGUGGUGAUGCUCUUUUUGGAAAGAAGGGUGACGGCGAAGAAACUCCAGGAAGAAAUGAAUUUGGGGGUUCUCAAGAAGAAAAUAAAAACAAAGUCGAAGAAGUAAACGAAUCACAAGAAAUACAAGAUAUGCGACGGAAAGAAAAUCAACGGGUCCAAGCAACGCAACAAGUACAACAGCAACAAAAUCCGCAACUACCAUCCGUUGAAAGCUAUGGUGGCUCUCCUGGUGGUGUUAAUGAAUCUUUGGGGUCUUUUUCUCCUGGCGGUGCUUCCUCAUCCCGCAGUGGUGGCGAAAAAGGACACACAGGCAGUACUUCAACCACUACAGUUGAGAAAAUCUCAAAAGAAGAUACGGUGCCAGAAGAAAUACAAAGCGAAAACGCCCAGCCACACAACGCAAAGGCAGCUGAUGCACUCAAAAAGGGACCGCAACACUACAGUUCUGUUCCAACAACAAGGGCUCAAAAUGACAACGACGUCGCCACGUCGACUGCCGACGAUUUACUUUCUUGGGGAAAGCAAAUAACGAUAAAAGGAGAUUUAGAAGCUUCUCAAACAGAAGAAUUAUCAACUGAUCCAAAUAAAAAAUUAAAAGAAGGUGGAAAUUCUCCACCGGAAUCAUCACAAUCAGCAGCGCCAGAAACCACAACUCAGCAAGAAGUAUUAACUUCAGUAAAAGAGCUGACGGUGAGCAAGAGCACGAGUGCAUCCGCGAAUUUACCUGAUGCGCCCAAAGGAAGUAACGGAGUUCCUGCAUCCACAGCCAAUAAAAUACAGAGUACAUCAACUCGCAGUCAAGAAGCAGCAUCUACUCUGUCUUCAAAUGGAAUUUCUUCAAUUCAGGAGGAAACAUCCACUGGAAACAAUACUACUGAGAAUGUUCAACUACCCGACACCGCAGAAACUGAAAAAAGCCAAAUUAGAGAUACGGCGAAGGAUGGCAACAGUGACUGCAGCCUCGCGGCUCCUCCAGCGGGAGAGUCAGACGCUGCCACAACCACAACCCCGAACAAUCAUGAUGCGCGUAGCCUCAACAACAAUGGCAACAAUACAUUCACAGAAGAAGUGGAUCAGAAGGAAGCAGCAAUAAAACCCAAAAGCGCACCAGACGGCACUGACACCGCAGCAGCCAACAGUGAAGCAUCCACAGCAGCCAUAACCAUCUCCACUAACACAACAAACAAAACAACCACCGUCGACAGUGACGGCAGCACCGCGGUCUCCCACACCACCUCCCCUCUUUUGCUUCUUCUUGUUGUUGCGUGUGCGGCUGCUGCUGCGGUGGUGGCCGCGUGA